UCCGAAGGCUUGUUGUGAUUGCAACUCAGUUCAGUCACUGUAGUAAAUCCGGGUCAAUAUUCGAGCAUACCCAGUUGCAGCGGAAGUGGCGUCCCCCCCCCCCCCCAACUUGACCUCAUCGAGAAGUGUCCAACCUCCCGCAGCCAUGUUUGGGCGCAUCCUCCUCACGGUUGACGGCAUCUUGCUGCUCUUCGGCGCCUUCAUGGCGGACUGGAACGAGACGCACAUCCACAACCCGCGCUGGCCUCCGCAUGCCAAAUUUCACAAUGCACAGACAAUGACGUUGUCCUCCAUCCUAGGCGCCGCGAUGCUCUACUUCACGUGGCGGGCCAACGCGUCGGCCGUGAUGGCGAGGGAGUCGUUCCGCAUCGCGGGCUUCUUGGGAUCCAUCUACUGGGUCGCCGGGUGGGCGUCGCUGCUGUUCCCCGGCACCGAAGGGCUGGACCCCGAGUUCGGCGGGCCGGGGUUCCCGCAAAAGUAUCCCUUCACGGCGGCCAUUGGGCUCGCCGUGACGGGGGUGUAUCUCGAGGGGGGGUUUUGA